AUGAACCAGAAGGAGGUGAUUGUAGUGGAACGUCCAAAGACACGAUGUGGACGACCCCCUGUCCUGAACAGAAUUGUGGGAGGACAUGAUGCAGCAGAAGGUGCAUGGCCAUGGCAGGUUGACAUUCAGAGUUACAGUGGGGGGGCACCUAGACAUGUGUGCGGUGGAACGCUUAUUGCUCCCGACUGGGUACUGUCUGCAGCUCACUGCUUUCCAGAACCUUUAGAUGAAUCUUCCUAUAUCCUAUACGUGGGUCGACACCAAUUGGGUGGCUUCAAUCCUUAUAUGUCAGGUCACUGGGUGAAGAGAGUAGUCAUUCCACAUGGUUACGUUGACCCACAGGAAGGCCAAGACAUAGCACUGGUCCAGUUACAGAGUGCGGUCAGCUGGUCUGACUACGUUCAACCCAUCUGUCUUCCAGGCGCUGACAUGCAAUUCUCUAGUGGCAAAAUGUGCACAAUCACUGGAUGGGGUGACAUAAGAAAUGGAGUAUCUCUUCAGGGAGCUGGAACUCUUCAGCAGGUGCAAGUGCCACUCAUUGACCAGAGGUCCUGUCAGAGGAUGUAUCAGACUCAAGCGUCUGAGGUGGUUAAUAUCCUAAGCGACAUGAUUUGUGCAGGCUACCAGGAAGGUGGCAAAGACUCCUGCCAGGGUGAUUCAGGCGGUCCUCUCGUCUGUCCAACAACGAACGGUACGUGGGUACAAGUUGGUGUCGUGAGUUUUGGUCUGGGAUGCGCUGCACCUAACAGGCCUGGGAUCUAUACCAAGGUGUCUGCAUAUGCCAGCUUCAUCCAACAAAAUGUGGAGAAUAUCAGGCUACUGGACCGGGCGGAUCAGAACUGGGCUGACAGGCUCACAGUGAUUAUCAGGACUUUGUUUGCUCUGAUAAUGGUUCAGCUGCUGAGAUAG